AAAGUCACGCUGCGGCCACACCAGAUACAGCAAAAUUCGUUUGUUCGGUUUUUUUUGCAGAGCUUUUGGCAUUUAAUUAGGUAAAAACAAACCGAUCGGGAAGUAAAAGUUAAAAACUAAAAGAUAACAGCACCAUCACAAAAUGGCAAUCGCCGAGCACGAUAACGUUUUCAUCUUCGUACCAAAUUUGAUCGGCUAUGCCCGCAUCGUUCUGGCUUUGAUCGCGUUCUGGUUUAUGUCCACCAACUAUGUGAUCUCCGGCUGGUGUUAUGUAACCUCCGCCCUGUUGGACGCCGUCGAUGGACACGCCGCCCGGGCCUUCAACCAAAGCACUCGCUUUGGAGCAAUGCUGGACCAGUUGACCGACCGUUGUGGCACCACUGGUCUGCUAGUCACCCUGGCCUAUUUCUACCCCCGGUAUAUGUUCUGGUUCCAGUUGUCUAUCGCCAUCGAUGUCGCCUGUCACUGGCUCUUCAUGCAGACGAGCGUUGUGGUUGGACGCAGCUCGCACAAGGUUAAUGAAAACUUUGUGAUGCGCCUGUACUACCAGAAGGACAUUCUUACAUUUAUGUGCUGCGUCAAUGAGCUGUUCUAUGUGUGCUUGUACCUCUUGCAUUUCACCUACGGACCGCUGAUAUUUGGCGCAUCGCUCUUCAAAAUACUCGCCUUCCUCACGGGUCCCUUUGCCGUACUCAAGGCCCUGAUCUCGGUAAUGCACGCCUACGUGGCGGGCAUUGAUUUGGCAGCCGUGGAUGUGCGUGAGCGCCAGGAAAAGCGUCAGAAAUCCGAACCGGUAGCUGGCAAGAAACUGGAGUAAAUCGUCGGGUUAAGUCCAAAAUCUUCCAACGCCAGUUCAACCAACUAAAAGUACUAAAAGCGAAAAACUCUUGAUUCCAAGCUAAACAACAAAACUUUGAAAGCGAUCAGAUGAAAUAUUAUUAUGGGCAUUAGGCAACCAACUAGGCCGUAGUAGAAUUUAAAUUAUUUUUAUGCGCUAUUGCACUAUUGUUGACUUUAUUUUAUAUUUUAAGUUAGACGGGUGGCGAAAUCAUCCGACAAUUUGUAUUUAAAUGAUUUUUAAAUUGAAAUUGAAGUUCAAGCGAUUCGUUUCAGCUAGCAGCAAGCAGCAUAUUUAUAUUGCCUUUACUUAAAAUUAAUUAAACAUUUCUGUAUCUUAAAUAUAUGUAAUGUAUAUAUAUACAUAUAUCGGGUCUAAGUGUCACAGGGGCAUAUGUAUAUAUAUAGCCUCAAAAAUUGUAAAUUACGUUUAAUUAAGAGCAAAACAAAUAUGCAACAGUUUCUGACUAACCGAAUCGCUUUAAUUUUAUAUAUAUAUAUUUAUAUAUAAAACAUAUAUGCAGGCCGAUAUAUGAAUUAGUGUCUAUUUCCAGGAUUUAUCUCAUUGUGUACGUUUUCGGUUCGACUAACGACCUCCCCCUAGCAACUCUCUCAAUGUAACUAAUGUAUUUCUAAUUGUAAGUUAAAAGAAUGUAAUUGGAGACCUGCAAGAAAUAUACGAAACAUGAAUGUUA